UCUCAAUAGUCUUUGAAUUCUGGCUGGUAUCAUUCAAAGACUUUUCGUAGAACAUUUGCCAAAGCGCUCCCGGUCAAAUAUCAGAGUUAGAGUAUUCAAUGGUAACCAUAAGACGAAUUGUAGACAUACUUUAACACAAAACAUACGAUUUCUUGUUCAAAACAAGUCGAAAUGAGCAUUGUAGAAUCUCUAUAGUCGUGAUAGCGGUAUAAAGUUUCUGAUCAAACGAAACAUUCCAUUGAUGAAUGAAAGAAAACUAACUAACACUUCAAAUCUUAAAGAGUGAAUUUAUGAGUGGCAGUUCAGAAUUGUAAGAGUCAGAAACGAAGCAAGUUAGCGCUUAUAAAUGACAUCAACUUAUUAAUGACAUCAACAAAAAUGUAACAUUUAUGGAUAUGGAUACUCAAAAACUGUAAACUGACGAACAUUCGUUAUGUAUGCUGCUGAGAAUACUGAUUACCUGGUGCAAUCGCUCGUUGCCAUGACUAAAUACCUGAAAGAACAACAUAUCAACAUCCAGUCGGAGGCCUUUUUAUGCAACUCGAGAGUGAGUGAUGUAAGUCAUGGAAGAAUCAGGAAAUUAAAGACAAUGUAAAAGGUGUACACGUAUGCCACUUUAAAAUUGACGAUAACUGAAGUCACAAGUCAUUAAAAAUGGCGUUCUCAACUAGUGAUUGGAUACCUGCAACGUCAUUCCGCGGUGCUGGCCUAAAGGCCGCUGGAUCACGUUACCACACUGACGAUGACAUUCACUCAAACGCUGGGAAUUACUCCAAUGAUAUAAGUGUAAGAUUGACAAAAUCUAACAAUCAAGAACGCGAGCUGAGGAACUCAAUGCUUGCAUACAGUCAACGAAUGAGCGAAAUCAAUCGCGCGCGAGGAUACAACCGAUUUAGCCGCAGUGCACCCGAACUCUCAUCCCUUCAUGUUAAAGCAACACAUAUUCCUACGCAAAGUACGUCAUUGCCUAAAAUUCACAAACGUUCCAAAAAACGAAACAGACCUAAACAAUUUUUAAAGGACGAGUCGCCAAAUGGAGGUGAUACAUUAGCUACCUAUGGUGAUAUCAUAAACUCUAGUGAUAAACUACGCAAAGAAGGUAUUUCGUCCAGGGAACUUGCACGGUUAUCAAAGGCGACUGCGUCAGAUUUAUCAGACGUUAAACGUCUCUCAUAUCCAAAACUUAUUCCAAAUUUAACUUCGUCUGACAAUGACCAGGCAAAGAAAAUCGAUCACAGUGAUACAGAACAACCCAAAUCAUCAUUCCCAUCCAUCAAAAUCAAUGAUCCGUCAACGGAUUUUAAUAUAAAAGCACGGAUAGUUGCAAAGCUAAACGCACAACGGGAUAAAAUGGAACAGGUUAUGGGAAAUGGACAGCAAGUGAAUCCUCCAAGGAGAAGGAGAAAAAAGAAAAUCAAAGUGCCGCCAUCGUCUCCAUUGGAGGCAAUCCCGGAGUAUGUUUCUAGUGACGAAGAAGUGGCUUAUCUGAAUGAACAAGAUGAUUUGAAUUCCGACUUACACGUAGAAUCAGAUCAUAGUCAAAAUAUACAUAACACGCAUAGACAUAAUCAUUCAAAAUCAAACACUCCCAUCUCAAUGAAACCAAUGUUAGAUGCAAUACCAGAAGUGGACUCCUCUGUGAGAUAUACAAUUCAGAUUGUCGACGAGGAAGACCGGAUAUCUCCCCCCUCAAGUCAAGUCGCUCAGAAGAAGCGGCGGAAAUUAAACGAUUCUAAGCAUAAGAACGUUAAAUUUUCAAAAACAAUUAAAUAUCUGAAAUGAUAUAAUUUUAAUAUAUGAUGAUGUAAGGAAAUAAUAAUUUAAAUAGAUAUAAAUGGAUUAUUUAAAGAAAACCUUUUAAAAUGCCAUCUUUUAAUAUAUUCCAUUUCUAAAUAUAGGACUAUUCCGCAGUUCGACGUUUCUCUCGAUUUCAACUUCACUUUUAAGGUAGCCCUUUGCUCGUUAAGAAUUCCAAAUAUUGUCUACUACCUUAGAUAAAAUAUGAGUUGGCAAUUCGUUAUGGUUAUUACAAAUAUAAUUAUUUCGUUUCACAUUUCCAAUGUGAUGUUUAUGUUCGUUAGAAGGAGGUUGCUCAAAAAUCAUAAGGAUCAGACUUUUUGUGAACAUAGGCUCUGUAUUAACCAUUCCCAGUAAUCUACUUAAACGUUUCGUUCAGUGCAUAUAUAGCUGGUCACUCAUGGUCACGCAUGAUAAUGCUAUCUGGACGAGGUACGGUCGCCAUAGGAGGUAACACUGCACUAGACGACAGCUUAUAACACGCACAAGAAGAAGGAACACGAUGAAAUCGCCAGUGCACCCCUCCAACACAGAAUUCUGGAAGCCAUUGUUGGGUGUAUUGCUGGAAACAGCGCGAUCUUUUGGAGCAAAAUUGACACUCCGAGCCAGGGUUCCUGAAAUUAAAAAAAAACUUUUUUAUUUCAGAGGAAAUAUAAAUGAUUGCCAAACUUUCGUAAAGGGAGUCUAUAUAUUCUUUAAAGUACAACCCCGAACCUGACUCGUAAUACUUACUUACAGACUGUUUUCAAAAUAACAAAUAGGGGAAUGCACUCAUUCUCUAACUUGGCGGGUUUGAAAAAGUUCGUCAUUGUCGGGCAAAUAUCUUGACUUCCUUUUGGUACAUUCGAUUCGAUAUGUAUGUCUCUUUUUGGCGCUUCUUUUGCCGUAUCUUUAUUAUCUUGGGGUUUGACAUAUGGUUCUUUGACUUUUGGUGGAUCUAUAUGGAGGUCCUCUGGUUUCGAAGGUUCAUCUCCUAACAUUGGGCCUCCGGAGUCACCAUCGGCCGCUGUUUUUCCCUCUUCACUAUCUUUGUCCCCUUGAUCGCUAAAUGCAAUUUAUUUAAAUACGUUUUAAGUGGUAUGAUUGUAAAUCUAUAUAACACAUCUGUACUUGCAUUUUGUAGAAAAUAAGUCUGAAUUUACUCUAUACUUUCUAUUUUAUCAGUUUAAGUAUUUACACCAGAACACCAGACACGCUAUCCGUAGAGGAUUCAAUUCACAAAGACCAAUUUUCACUUCAAUAUGAAUGUUUGGCUUCUCUUCUCUCAUGAAACCUAUAUAAUUGAUAGAACAUUGAACAUAGCUAGUUAGCAUCGAUAUCAACCUGGCCCAAUUUGUUUCCAGGGUUUAAGUAUACCAUUAGAAAGGGAAAGUGUCGAGUGCGAGGAUAUGAUAAAAAAUACAAAAUGAUAAAAUAAAGCUUUCAUAAAUAGCAGAAAAUAUUAUAUUGUCCCUUAGAAUACAACCCAUAUCAAAUACCUCCAAAUAAAUUACCUUUAAACAUACAUUCGAAGAUCAGAACGGAGCAAAAAUCACCCGAUAUCAAAAGUGUGAUUGAUGGCCAAAUUAGACCAUAUUUCCCCACAUGCAAUGCAAGCGCAAGCGUAAAAUUAUGGUUUUUCAAAAUACUUACACCAUUGUAUCUCUACUUUUCCAGGCAAAUAAGGGGUCUGUGAGGACAUUUCCAAACAAUAGACUUAUCAAACUCAGAUAUAGAAGUGGUGACGCCCAUUCCAUCUGAAAGGA